UAAUUACGGUGCUUCUACAUCAUAACAUUAUCGUGCAUAUAAGAAACAUUAAGAAACAAAAAAAAAACAAUAAUAUAUACAGAUUAUAGUCAGAUAUAUAUUUGAAAUAUACAUAUAUCGAAGAGCGGCAAAAGAACCGCCAAAUUUCAAGCUACUCAUGUUACAGGCAAAAGCAUUAGUCCUUUUAUCGGUAAUAGCAACCAUCAAAGCUUUACCAAUCGCAAAUGUUCAUGUGAAAUUCGUCUCUCGACCUCACGUAUACGAACAUGGUAUUACAACAGACGGAGAUCGUACGAUCUAUCAAAAAUCCUUUGUUUCGAUCGGACGAAGAAGCAUUCCUUCAAAUCCACGAAGACAAUUUGGAGAACGCCUACGUACCGAUUCCAAUUUGCAACAAAUCCCAGAAAUUGGAAAAUACGCAACAAUAAUAAAACCGGAAAAUGCUGAAUCAUUAUGGCCAGUUGGGGUCUUCCUUCCCCCCAUAGACGUGAAUGACCUUGGUCAUAGUUCUCAAGAAUCUAGACAUAUAACGCCCGAUUACAGUAACGGCUUAGAAUAUCACGAUCCUUUGCUUCUGACUGGUACGGAAGCAAUGAUGGCGGUGAAAUACAUUUAUGGCCGUGGUGAACUCUUUUACGAUGAUUUUCCACACGUACGUGCUAUAUUGCGAAAUCAAGAAGAGAGAAGAUUAAACGGCCUACACGAUCAUAUUCUAAGCAGUCUAAGAUCUAGCUCUCCUUUUUACAAAAGACACCAGCAUUAAAAAUGUAAAUUUGAAUUUGGCUGAAAAGUGAGUAGCUAUUUUCAUACAAACUUAUACGACGGAUUCGAGCACAAGUCCGACAGGAAAAUAAUUGCCAUCACUAACAAUAACAUGAUCUAUGAAUUAAUUAAUUUAACGUCAUUUUUAUUCAAAAUCACAAUAUUUAAUUUUCAAAUAUCAUGACAUAAUCAUCAGACACAUGAAAUAAUUUCAUAGGAUAAAAUCUAUUGUUAUUUUAAACUAAACUAAAGCAACUAAAGGAAUAUUAUCUCUAUAAAAAAUCUAGAUGAAUACAUAGUCAUAUAAUUAAAUAAAUUAUAAAUGCUUUAGAAAGUAGUGAUAUGCUAUUAUUAAAUAUACCAUCGAAUUGUAUAUACCAAUGUGUAACACUGUUCACAGCAAUUUAUAUAAUUUUUUUCUAAAUUAUAUAAGAAAACAACGUGUAUCACUCUUACUCGCAUUAGAAUCAGAAUCGUAUCUCAUUCAUUACGGAAGAGUCCUGUUUACAGUUCAAGUUUAGAAUAAAAGAAAGAUAAU